ACAUUUUAUCACAAUGGCUUGGCCUCUUCCUUUUCCGCUUUGAAAAUGUCUGCCGACGUACAGUGGCUCGUGGUACGAAAUAAUUCUUGUUUUCUUCGCAAGAAAAACAAGGCCUACUUUAGUGCCGAACCUAACAACCUUAAGAACUUAAACUCCUUUCGGUUCAGCGGUCUAGUUCGUGACAAAACCCUCGGUAUUGAGGCUGGCCAAGACAAUAAGGGAGUCGUGGUUGUUAAGAAGAAGAAUCAUAACGCUCGCCGACCCAACCGAGUCUACGAAAGAGCACCUUUGAAGCAUGGAGCCCGCAGAACGCUAAUGAAAAUUAGCAAAAUGGUUAAGAAAGACAACUAUCGAAAGGAUUUAAGGAUGGCGGCGAUGAGAAGAGCCAGUGCUAUUAUGGCUAGCCAGAAGCCGAGAAAACUAUCGAGGAGAUCCCGUCUUCAAAAGAAGAAAGAAUAA